GUCAUGCCUCGGGCCUUCUUGGUGACGGCCCGGCGUUACAGCAGUGGCGCGCCCACGCCUGCGCCCGCCACAGACCUGCCGCAACACAGAGAGAGCAGCCCGGAGCGGCGCGUCAGCCUGGCAGAGGCGCAGCCCGCGGCCGAGUCGGCGUCGGCGUCGGCGUCGGCGCCGGUGUCGGUGGCGCCGCCGCAGCCGCAGCCGCUGGCGGUGUGCCUGCCGCUGCCCGAGCCGGCGCCCGAAGACCUGUACAACCUGACGCAGCUGGCCGAGGUCAGCCUCGCCGCCGCCGCGGGACGCCUCUUCUGCUGGACCGACGCCGACGACCGGCCGCACGCUGUGGGCCACGGGCUGCCCCCGGCGCCGGCCGACCGCGCCGCCGCCGCCGCCACCGGGGAGCCCUGCGUCCCGGCGCAGCCGACGCCGACCCCGGAGACCGCCGCACAGCCGCACCAGCCUCCCGAGCUCAGCCCGGCCCCCGCGCAGGCGCAGCACGCGUGCCCGGACUGCGGCAAGCGCUACAGCACGGCCAGCAACCUGGCGCGCCACCGGCAGACGCACCGCGGGCCGGCCGACGCCAAGGCGCGCCGCUGCGCGCACUGCGGCAAGGUGUACGUGUCCGUGCCCGCCUUCUCCAUGCACGUGCGCACGCACGCCCAGGCCUGCCGCUGCCCCUACUGCGGCAAGUGCUUCUCCAGGCCCUGGCUCCUGCAGGGCCACAUCCGCACCCACACAGGCGAGAAACCGUUCAAGUGCACCAUCUGCGAAAAGGCGUUUGCAGACAAGUCUAACCUGCGCGCCCACGUGCAGACGCACUCCAGCACGAAGCCACACGUGUGCUGCCGCUGCGGGAAGGCGUUCGCGCUCAAGUCCUACCUGUACAAGCACGAGGAGUCCUCCUGCGUGCGCCUGCACUCGCGCGCUCCGCAGUGCGCAGGCGUCGUGGGGGCAGCAUAGGCGGCAGCGGCAGCGGUGGACCCGACCACGUAGUACGACUGUCAGCCGGUCCUUGUCGGCCCCUGUACAGGCGUGUGAUCACACAGCGGUCACUGUCGUCGCUACAGCAAAUUCAUAAACGUUGAAAGAAGAGUUCAGCAGUUGUAAUAAAAAUGUAGGAGAAGUACCACAUACAAGGUUUCUAAUGCAAAUAACACUACAACAAAACGCACAGCAGUACCUCAUACAGUUUUUUCUCUGCUGUAUUCGAAAUUUCUGAUUACAGCAACACAACGUUUCAGUGAUCAUUGUUCACAUUUGAUAUUACUAUUGCAAUUCUGGCAAUAAUUUCAACUUGUAAAACGUAACGAGAAACUGGGUUCAUCAUAAUGUAAUGUAACUACAGUAAAACAAAUUGGCAGUGCUUUGGCAUGAGGAGAAAAUACGUGACUGUAAUUCUAUCAGUGGGUAUUCAUAUGGGUCGAUAACCUGUGCUUCCUAAAAACGUUACUUGAAUCAAACUACUUUGAUGAAAACCGCUGAACCCUUACCCGAUGACGAAUGUGGAAUUGGAGACAGCACUCGUAGCUGUAUUCUUUUCACUGGACUUAUAACGUUCCGUAGUGUGUCGGCUUUAGAAGUUAUUACUCGUAGUUAAACGUAAGACUGAUUUCUCUUACCAAAAUGAAGUCUUCGAUCACAAUAAUACAAAUAUCCAGCAAGUUGAGACUUAUAUCAUGAAAGUAUGUCUCCAGAAGUUAUCUCACAGCUGUGGUGACGUAAGAGGAUCCUUGUGUUUGUUUUUUGAUGCACCGUCGUCGAUCAUUCUGACAACUACCAUCUGUGCAGCUACUCUGCCAUCCACUGUACAGAACAUGAUGGUCGGAAAUCCUGUAUCCUAGUAACGUUGUAUCUGCUAGAGGGCCGGCCGGAGUGGCCGAGCGGUUCUAGGCGCUACAGUCUGGAACCGCGUGACCACUACGGUCGCAGGUUCGAAUCCUGCCUCGGGCAUGGAUGUGUGUGAUGUCCUUAGGUUAGUUAGGUUUAAGUAGUUCUAAGUUCUUGGGGACUGAUGACCUCAGAAGUUAAGUCCCAUAGUGCUCAGAGCCAUUUGAACCAUUUUCUGCUAGAGGGUAUUUCAGGUACAGAUCAUUUAUUUUCCGCUGGGAUACCAAAUACAUCGGCAAAGGCGUAACUGUUUUGUAUUUGUUCCAUUCUACGUACGAUUUGAGUUCAGUUCACAGCUUUGGGUUUCAAAUCAUUUCUGGCUAUACGCAAUCAUAACUGUAUCACUCAUAGGUUGUCAUUUUCUUAUGAUGUUUUUAACUUUCCACUUUCCGUAUUAUUUUUGAUAAACGAGAAAAUAACAAAUAUGACUACCAUUCGUCUAUGGAUGCAGAAAGCUAUCUAAAUAUCGCACCAAGGAUGAUAUUAGUGAGGAAGCCUCAGCAAUGUCUCAACAAUCCUACUAAAUCUGGCGAUGUUCCCACUGUCGCUCUGCUGGAUUUACUAGUGUCAGUCGCGUACAUCUCAGCAGCUGCAUCACUCUAUAGCUACAUCACUUUGCAGUGAUGUCACUGUACAGAAUACUACUAUAGAAGAAUUCUACCCGAAUUCAUAACUCAUAUGCUUAAGAACUGUUAGAUGGUACAAUUUUUCGGUGGCAUACAACAAACAAGGGUCCUAUAUUUCCUCGCAUCUAUUGUGGUAAAACUUCUAUUCUUAUGAUUCAGGACAUCCUGACAGAUCACAAGCUGUUACACAGAAGUCAGUUCAAAUUUCACAACUGCUGCACGUUGUACAGUGGGUUAUCUUGAAUCAACGUCUGAGAUUUACAUUUGUGGCGUAAUUUACGAAACUUUGUAAACUUUUCAGUAAUUAGUAAACUGAUUUUCAAAAACAUAUCUCAUAGUACGCAUGCACUAACUAUUUUUUCACUGCUUUUGUCUGACCACUGUCAAAUACAUGACCAGACGAUCGAUAUUUAUUCCUGUCCCAUGAGAAUUGCUUGAUAGUUCAAUUUCAAGUGUCGCUCUUGUCUUGCUCGUUAGAAAUUCUUUAUAGUCAAAUUAAUUUUGAUUUUAAACGCCUGUGGAACUUAAAUAUGAAUUUACAGCUAUGGUAUUUCUUCCUCGUGCCAAGAUUAAAGUGUGAUUUUUCCCAUUCCGUCAUAAAAUAGUGACGUACUAAAUAACACAAAUACCUGUAAGACGUAUUUUUUUGUAGUAGUAAAAAUGUUUCCUCGAUCUGGGACCAUGUUUUCUGUGAACAGUUGAUAAUUUUUUAUGAUACGUACUAGCCUGAAUGUAGAAUAAAUGUUUUUAUGAACUGAAUGGAGAUAGUGUAUUUUGAUGUGUAUUUUGUAUACCAAACGUUUUAAUAAGCAAUAUUUUUCUGAAGAUAUACUGACGUUGUUUUGAAGUCUGAUGUGUUGUAGUGUAUUCAUGUGUAUAUUGGACGUUAAAUGUCAAAAGAGAAAUAUUCGAUAGAUGCUGGCUGUUAUUGUUAGAAUCAUUAUAUACAUUGUUAGAAAUGAAGUGCUGUGCUGAUAACGUAAACAAAAGUUUUGGAAACAUAAGUUGUAAGAUGUUGCCCUGACUUUUUAGAUAAAACCACAGAUUGGUGUUGCGUUUUCAAAUCAAAAUAAUACUGAUGUUCCAGCUGCAGCCGAGACUAUAACAGCAAUCUAAUAAACGUUUCUCUAUUUUAUAUGUGAUAUAUGAAUCACACAAGUACUUAAGGGUAGGUUUGAAAACUGAAAAAUUGUCCUUCUGAGAGCAGCUACGGUCAUAAAGUGUUCUUUUGUAUAUGUUUCGUGCAAAUGCAGAAAAUGUCACCGAUAAACUUGUUAAUGUGUCUAGUGGUAUUGAAACUUAGUGUUUAUUUUUAUGUCAGAUUAUAGUUGUCUGAGUUUUGUUCUUAUCUCUGGAUCCCUUAUUUUAUUUAAUCACCCGCCCAUCGAACAGCAAUCUGCAGUGCUUCCUUUCCUUCCAAUGGCGUGCAUAAUUCUCAUUUCAUAAGAAUGCAGCUUGCUGGAGGUAUGACGUUUUUGUUUCCGCAUUUCAGCACUUAGCACCAACAGGAUCCCAAGGUUUCUGGUUAUGUUCAGCUGAGUCACUAGCCUUGUACUGCUACAUUUUUAAGCAAUUUCAGAAUGCCAUAAGACUGAGGUAAAUGUUGUAUCAUUGAAUACCGAUAGAAAAACAGUGCCUGCCACUUCAAAUGCGGAACAUACAUUUCAUGAAUUAAAAGCUAGGCUGGGUCUGUAAAUUUAACGUGGUCAGCACUGCAGUUUGCUUCUUCCGGCCGGCGUGUUUACUUCUUUGUUUAUUUUGGUUUCGGACGAGUUCUGCUAGUCGUCGGUGGCGGCGCUGAAGGCUGCCAGCACGGCACCGACUGUAGCGUCCUGUGACUAAACCUUCAAUUGCGGCAGCAUAUGGUAACAUUACGAACUGGCAUCAUAGGAAUGAAAUGCAAAUACGAGAAGAGUUUUCAAAAUCUGAUUUAUAAUUACCGAAAUUUUAAACAAAUGCUGCUACUUUGUGACUAAAAAUAGCUCCGAAAAGGUCGCUGUACAGAAGCAGUGUACGAGGUGAUGUCCGAAAGUUCCCGAAGUAUAUUAAUUAAAAUUAUUAUCUUUUGCAUAAUCUUACUCUGCAUCACCUUCGAUGUAGUCCCCUUGGGAUUGAGUACAUCGAUCCCAACCAUCCUACCACUCUUGAAAUGCGUCCUGAAAGUCUUCCUUAAUUAGAAUGUUUAGUAGCAUUAGCGAUUCGUCUUGAGCUCAUUGUAUCAAAUUUUCAACACAGAACCGUAUCGGCAUCUCGCUACAAGCAUUUGGAAGUCUCGUGACAGGCGUCAAGUGUUAUUGGGUAGCCUUGUAUCCUCCCCCGUGUGACCUUUCGCUGCCGCAGUCAGGUCGAGUCACAGAGAGCGCUGCGCUACGGUUGCCUAAGACGGCCGGCCCGCCCCAGUUUGUACAGUCGUAGCUUAGGAAACAUUAACUCCAGCUAACAGCAUCUAUAACGCGAGGCACCCCGUGCCUCGGCGCCGCUAGUCAGACUCAUGCUUUUAGUUCACUUCUCACUCAUUUUACUUAAUUUAUUGUAUUAUUUAUUUACUUAUGCUCUAGUUAUCAUUAUUUAUUUCUUUAGUUGUUUAGAUUAGUUAGGUACGUAUUACUUGUUCAGUUCUUUAAUUAAAAGGUGAUACAACAACUGUAUGUGAUUAUGUUUUAUGUCCAAGAUCUAUGUAGUUGAGAACUGUGUAAUUAUAUGUCAAGAAGCUUA